GCGGGCAGUCAGCCCGAGAUGGAGUGGAAGCUGGAGCGCGCCGCCCCGCGGAGGGUCCGCACCGAGGAGCAGAUGCUGUGGGAGAAUGUCAUGCGGGUACUCGCCAAAGACAUGAAGCAGAAGAGAGGUCAAGGCUCCCCCACGGUAUUUGAUUCAGUUCAUACUACAUAUUCUAACUUUAAGAGCAACUUUUGGAAGAGGCUGUCAGUGGAGGUUCCUGUUGCCAGUAGCCCAAUUACCACAAGAUGGCAGCAAAGUCAAACCAGGGAUUUGGCAGCCUGUUCCUUUGGGGAAGAACAUUCAAUACUUGAUCUCCCAGAAUCUUCUGGAUCAGUACUGAAGAUAAUACCUGAGAGAGAGACCUUGACUCUAGAAUCUGACAAUGAAUCACUGAAGACUCCCAUCAACGAAAGUUCUAAAACUAAUAACUCUACACUCCAUUUUUGCAAGGCACCUCAAGCACUGGACAGAGGCUGGAAGGAAAGUGUUGCCUCUAAAGGCCAGAAAUGCCUAAGCCAGCUAUUUUCAAGCCAGGAGGUUCUGCAGGGGAAUGGGAAAAUGCAGCUCUGUGAGCCGUCCCAGUGUACUUGGGAAGGCUGCGGAGAUAAAGCCAGAGAUGGAACUUUCUAUCUUAAAAGAUUCAGUGAUAGAAACUAUUCCACACUCCAACCAGAGGUGAAGAUUCAUCUCACCGGCCUUCGAAAUGACUACUAUCUGAAUAUCCUAGACUGGAAUUUUCAAAAUCUUGUUGCUAUAGCCCUUGGAUCUUCUGUGUACAUAUGGAAUGAGAUGCACAAUGGGAUUGAAAACAUAGACUUAAGUGUCUCUUGUAAUUAUAUAUCUUCUGUGGCCUGGAUAAAGGAAGGAACCUGCCUGGCAGUUGGCACCAGCGAGGGAGAAGUGCAAUUAUGGGAUGUGGUAGCUAAAAAGCGGCUGAGAAAUAUGCUUGGUCAUCUGUCGGUAGUUGGGGCUCUGAGCUGGAAUCACUGUAUCCUCAGCAGUGGGUCCCGACUGGGGCGUGUUCAUCAUCACGAUGUUCGAGUAGCUCAGCAUCACAUUGGGUCCCUUCACCAUAAGCAAGCUGUGUGUGCUCUGAAGUGGUCACCAGACGGCAGGCUGCUUUCCAGUGGCUGUAGUGACGGACUGCUGACAAUAUGGCCCCAUGAUCUGGGUGCCAGUGCACAGGGCCAGCCACUGCAAGUCAUAACCCAGUCUACAGCAGUCAAGGCCGUAGAUUGGUGUCCCUGGCAGCCUUCAGUCCUUGCCGUUGGAGGAGGAAUGAAGGAUGGAUGCCUGCACAUCUUGGAUAUAAAUACUGGGAAGAGCAUCCAGACACCAAGCACAAACUCUCAGAUUUGUUCCCUAGUCUGGCUACCUAAGACAAAGGAGAUUGCAACUGGCCAAGGUGCUCCUAAGAACAAUGUGAUUCUGUGGACCUGUCCCACUCUGUCCAGGUCAGGUAGCUUUUCUGGCCACAGAGGCAGAGUGCUGCACCUGGCUUUGAGUCCAGACCAGACCCGGGUGUUUUCAGCGGCGGCAGAUGGGACAGCUUCUGUAUGGAAAUGCGGCUAGCCACCCACCCAGUCCCUCCAGGCUGCAGCUUUCUCAUUUCUAAGAGUGGACACAGUGACACUGGCCUCGUCUCUAGGGGUUAUUAUGUGUAUCAGGCGAGAGGCAGUAUUCUCCGAUGCAAAUGCGCAAUCUCCAGACCUUCCUCGGUCACUUUGCUUGUGUUCUCCCAUGGCAUUUCCCAGAAAUGGCCUUGACUUUCUUCACUCUCUGCUUUCCUCUUUCUUACUCUUCCUCCCUCGCCUCUUUUUC